AGAAUGUCUGCCUUAUUAUCACGAUAUUUAGUAGCUUGUCUGUUUCUUAUUAUGUGGAGCGUCUUACAUUCACAGACAUUGUAUGACAAUGAUUGCGAUCAAUAUGAAAUCUUCAAUCAGGAUAGAAAAAUAACAGCGCUGCUGUUGGCGUUAGAAGAAACCGAAAAUCGGAUCAAGGAAACAACAACCCGUUUAGAAAAAGCAGUUAAAAGUAGUAACGAUGCUUACAACGACGUACUGAGAAUGUAUGUUUCACAAAUAGUUCCUACAGAUAACACCAUCGACGAAAUAUGUAAACGACACCCAAAUUUGAUCAUUGGAAAAUCCACACAAUGCCACCAAUAUUACAACUGUACUGGACAAGUUGAAAAUUUGAGCAGUUGGGCUGGCAAGAAUUGGCCUUCAAAGUAUAUGCACGAGUGCUAUUAUCCGUUUUUGUUUUCAAAGGAUACGCUUCAAUGUGAAAAUUACACGGAGGUUAAUUGUGGAACACGAUAUCAACCAGUUUGGGAAUGUAGAUACUUAAGAUUUCACCUCGAAUAUUCAAUGGGUGCUUGUGAACGUACAUACCCAAAUUGCGAAAAAAAGACGGAUGGAUUUUGGCGCGAUGGUUCAAAUCAACAUGGGUGGAAUUAUUACAAAAUAUGUGAAAAUGGUCGAACAAUCGAAAGAGGACAAUGCCCAUACAAUGACGUAUGGGGUAUUUCGUCUUUUCCUUACAAUGGGGAAUGCGUUCAUCUCUUUGCCAUCCCAAAGGACGAUAACUCUCAUGGUCUUCUUCCCUCUUGUAAAGGGACACCAGACGGAAAUUACCAGUAUCCUGAACGUCUCUGUGAAGCUUACUACAGAUGUGAAGGUGGUAAUGCUACUGCGGUGAAAUGUCCGACAGGCACUGUAUUUGACUUGGUUAACAGAACGUGUGAGGUUAGGGGUACUUGUCAGUAGCAGAUAGUGUGAGGUUAGGGGUACUUGUCAGUAGCAGAUAGUGUGAGGUUAGGGGUACUUGUCAGUAGCAGAUAGUGUGAGGUUAGGGGUACUUGUCACUAGCAGAUAAACAAAACAGUGAUAAAACGUCAGAUUUUAGAGACUAUUACAGGCCAACUUACCUGCAAACUUUCUUAGAAGAAUGGAUGAAUCAGACAUAUAUGGAGUAUACAUAUCUCAUCUUGAAUGAUAUCCCUUAUUCUGAUCUCGCGUAAGUUAAAAUCACAUGUAUAAUAUGUUCAUAAGAAUACAGCUUAAAGUUUAGCAAUUAAAUUCUCUGUAGCUUUGAUUUAGCAGUAAAUGGGUUUUUAUUUUUCGAAAUAUUAUUCAUAUGAUCAUGAAGGCUCACGACGGGUGUGACCGGUCAACAGGGGAUACUUACUCCUCCUAGGCACCUGAUCCCACCUCUGGUGUGUCCAGGGAUC